UUGGUAACACUAUAUUUUUUACAAUUGCAUACCUAUUACCUAUUAGUUGCAUACAUGCAUGCAAUAUUUCUAGAAUAAUAGCCAUUUAUUAGUGCUAAUUAAGCACCUUAUUCUACAUCUUAACAACUACUGCUCUAACUAUUAAUAAGCAGCACAUUAAUAAUUUAUUGAGGGAAAAAGCGUUGCCUGUUCUAAAGCGUUACCUUAAAUUUUUUUAUGAAUGUUUUGUAUUUUACUUUUUAAAUGAUUUCAUUGCAGUUUCAGUUUAUUAUUUGUGUCAUUGCGUCAGCUAGCUAAAAGAUGACUUUUAUGUGUUGCUAUGUUAACUCUCGUUAAAUUUUUCAAUGCUUUUAAUGCGAGUUAACCCUGAUAAUGACCGCUGUGACCCGAGGGCUUUGAAUCUCCGGUUUCCCAUCCGUUAGUGUAAUCUGACGUCUUAACUGAGUUGCUUUAAUCUUGUUUCGGAUCUAACCGCUCCCAUUACUGAUUGCAGGUCUCCCGGUGACUCCCAGCACCUCGCGGGUGGAUGCUGUAACGCGAUCGCCGGUAAAACCCUCCUGAGGUGAAACAGGAUUCACGGCUCAAACGCACAUGCACGUAUUUUCCACGAGAGCUCAAGUCGAAUGUGUCGCGUUUUAUCGAAUGCGUGAAAGGCUUCAUGUAAUGAAGUGCUGGUGAUUUCUGACCAGCGGCGGUCAUUAACCUUCAUGCUGAGUCACUGGUUGUUUUGUGACCCGUCGGCCGCGGCGUAUCUUUCUCUCAGUCGCUCAACUCUGACCCUGUCUAACAAUAAUCAGCAUGCAUUUUUCAUCAGCCUAUCUGUUACAGCCGGAACGCUCUUCAUAAACUCACACUGAAUGCACUGAAUGUGUGACGCUGACGAGGUGAAGCACGACGAAGCCGGCCGAGCGUCGCAGCGGAUCGAACGAAUGGAAUAUUCAGCUCGCGGCACCUCGGCUCGACUUCUCUUGAUGCUUAUAUCGGGUUUUGUGCUUUCGGGAUUCAAGCGUCUUCUGUUGUUGGAGGAGGAAGAGAAGAAUGGCCUGGUGUCUUUGAAGGCACGAGCUGACACGACGAUGGCUCACGCCCAGGGUUUCUAUAGCAUCAGCCCGGCAAAGGACAGCAGAGAGCCCCUUCAGACCUUCCCAUCAUGCACCUGUCCGGCUCUCUUAAACACGGCUCUUCCUCUGCUCACGGCUCCGGUGAUGAAGGACUCGCCGCUCACGCUGAUUCCUGGAUCUGCAUCGAAGAGCCUCGCUCCUCAGGCUCUGUGCGGAACAGGAAGUGGCUCUGUGCCGUUUCCUGUGACGCUGGUCCCUGCUGGCUGUGUGCAGCUGCUGGGCGUCUCUGAACUGGCCCCGUAUUCUCUGUCUGUGCUCAUGCCUCAUCUGAUCAACCCUCCUGAGAGAGACUCACCUGCUACUGAGGCUAAAACUACAGCCAGAGAAGAAGAGAUCGGCGUACAGGAGUCUAAAAACCUUUCCACGGAGGAGACGGAUGUCUCGGGGCUCAGACUCUGUUCUUCAUGUCCGUCUCGUCUGGCGUUGAUCACGACCCUCAUCCCCACCUUCCUCAUCCUCAUCCUCUGCAUCGCCGUCACAGUGAAGUUCGUGUGUUUCCCGAACAAAGAGCGAGACGUUGAUCCUCCUGCUGGCGGCUCUCAGAACUGCACCAUCACUCCAGCGCCCUUCUACUCCGUCAAAUACCCCUCGAACGACACCGUCAGCAUCCCCUCGGAUUGCUCCGCUGGGUCUCGAGGCUCUCGUAUCGUCGGCGGUACGGAGGCUGUGAAGGGUCAGUGGGGUUGGCAGACCAGUUUACAGUAUCGGGGCAAACACGUGUGUGGAGGAGCCGUGGUCAGCCCUCGCUGGGUCAUCACCGCCGCCCACUGCUUCAUACAAUACGACAUGAAGCAGGAGUCGGACUGGAUCGUGGUGGUCGACACCGUGAGCGUCUCGGAUCCGUCUCAGGGAAAGCGCUACCAAACGCUGCAGAUAAACACGCAUCCGCGAUUCUCGCUCGACAACAACGACUACGACCUGUGCAUGCUGCGCACCAAGACGGAGAUAGAGAUGGGAGGCGAGUUCAGUGAAACGCUUCGAGGGAUCUGGAGAAUGCGAUGGAUGUGAAUGGGUGCCGUCAGAAUGAGAGUCUGAUAAAAGCUUCAGAAUAAGCCACAGUCCAUCAGUAAACAUCUGGAGAAGACAGAAGAUCAAACUAAUCCAUCAUUAAGACGUUUUAACCGAAAUAUGAUCCAUAAUCCAUAAUAACAAACAUCAAAAUCAAGACGCAUAUUUGCUUGAUCUGCGCAGAUUUCUCUCCUGAUUCAGACCAGAACACACCUUCACCAGAGGAAGAGUUAAAAUCAUCUUAAGGCUGGAUUGGUUUGAUCUUUUGUCUUCUCCAGAUGUUCACUGGUGGACCGGAGCGCUGUGAUGUUUUUAUCAGACUCUCAUUUCGACGGCACCCAUUCACUUCCAUUGCAGAGACGCAUUUCUCCAGAUCCGAUGAAGAAACAAACUCAAUCUCAGACGGUCUGAGCGUGAGGGCAUUUUGGGCACAUUUUAUUUUAGGGGUGAACUAUUCAUUAGAAUACAUGAAAAUAUAAAUUUUUAGUUUUGGACGCUUCAGAAGACACAAGACGUGAGUUCAGUGGUCGAACACGACCGUCCAGCUCAUGCUUACACAGAAAAUAAAAAAGGAAAGCAGUGGAAUAAAUGUGUAUGGACAGCCCUUCUAUGCUGUCCUAAACAAUAUUUUUUAAAUAAACAAUUAAAACGAAAGAAUAGAGGUGUUUUGAAUUCUUGAUGGAUAACAUUCGUUCUUGUUACACAUCAAGAAUUCAGUCGUAAGGGUCACUUUUUUGAAAUUGAGAUGUAUACAUCAUCCCAAAGCUGAAUAAAAAUGGUUUGUUAGGAAAAUUUAUCUGAGACACAGCUAUCUGAAUAUUUGAGGGAGGAAAAAAAUCUAAAUAUUGAUAAAAUCAUCUUUAAAGUUGUUCAGACUCACUGUGUGUGUGUGUGUGGUAUGUGUGUGGUGUGUGUGUGUGUGU